UGUGGGUCUCCGUCCCGAUAAUGGAAGGUCCAACUGCGGGCUGGGAGACUGCAACUCCUUUGCAAAGCAAUCAGCGUCCUUUCUCCAGUGACUCAAAAUGUUCUUGAUGCUGACCAGUGCAUGCCAAAAGCAUACCAGUUCUUCUGGCCUGCGCUAGUGUGCGCGGACCCCGAGAUGUCGCUGAGACACAAGGCUUCACGACAAAGAGCAGCUCUAGAAAACCCGUUCGUUCUUCACGCCCAAAUCGCCAAUGCUGCAGAUAGCAGGUUGCAUUUGAUUCCUCCAGAGAACAAGUCGGCUAGUCUUCUCCGGCAAGUGAAGGCUUACCACGAGCAAAGAUCGUUCCAGGCGAUAGCACGUUGCCUUGAAAACACACCAGGCUCUCCUCCAGACGCAGUCAUACUGGCAUUGACAUUGAUGAUUUGGCCUGCUGGCACAUACGACGCUUCGACCUCGAAAUACCCCGUGUCACCCUUGGCAUAUGGCCAAAAUCUCGACUUCUUCUCCAACAUGGACCUCAGUCCAACUGUAAUACAGCAUAUCCACAACUUCUACCGUCUUUUAGAGACACGUGGCGGAAUUGAUGGCCUAGCCCUGGUCGGUCAAAAACAUAUUGUCAGCUUUGCCGACACCUUUGUUGCUUCCCGCCUCGGCGUCCGUCCCUUGUGGCCAUGGCCAAAGCAAUUACUAUCCGCACUGGGAGCAUUUGCAGACCUGGUGUUAGACCCACACGCAUUUCAGUUGUCUUUGGUCAUGGGGCGUGGCUUUUCGCCGGUCAAGAAUGUGGAUCUGCGGAGGAUUCUGUCGCUAGCCUGUCGAUUGACGUUGGCACUUGAUUUGUUUCACCGGGCUGCGCCUAUGGCACCACCAAUUUGGCAGCUUUGUCCCGUCAGAAACGCUGUCCAGCAUCAGCUGUGUGCCGUGGACCCACCUACGGAUCCGAAGUCAUCGUACGAAGAAGCUGUUGAUAACAUGGUCCGACUCGCGGCGUUGAUAUACAGCGAUUUUGUGCUUUUCCCAAUCAACGAAGCUAUGGGGGUCCGGUCACGGUUGGCGUAUGAUUUGAGGAAGGAACUGGAGUAUCUCUACGCCCAUGCCGAACCUACAGUCUCUGUGGGUUGGCAAGGGGAACGGGGACAGGAACUCACAACGUGUGUGUAUCACUAUGGGUGCAAUGGCUUCUGAGUCGACGGUCCACCAGGAAUGGUAUAUCCCACGGUUGGCACAGGCGCUGAGGGAGGACCAAAGGUUGCUGGAUUGGACACUCUUUCAGACUUUGAUGGAUCAUUUCCUGUGGUGGGAUUAUGUGCUUCGGCCUCGCUGUUGGGAGGUGUGGAGUGAAGCGGCGCGAAUGUUGUCAUCAGCAGGGGGCGUUGAAUCUGGCCACGACAACGAUGGCAACAACGAG